CUCCUCCGUUGAUCCUCCCUUCCCUUUCUCUUUCCCUCAAACCCUUCCUUCGUGUCGACCCCUCCCAAUAUCCAUCAUGCGUUUCUCCACGAGUGUUCUGCUCGGCCUGCUGGCCGCCAAUGUCUCCAUCGCCGCCAAGGUGGGCAAGUUCGACGCCGAUAAGUGCGCCGAUCCCUCCGGUCUCAAGACCUGCUACGACAAGGCCAAGUCCACCUACAACGACUGCGUCAAGAAGAACUGCGACAAGGAGGAGAACGGCAAGACCGUCGACGACCCGGACUGCCUGGACAAGUGCGCCUGCACCAGAGACCGUGCUCGGAUCGACUGCGCGGCGAGCUCUUGCUGGAACCAAGUCUACAGCUGCGAGUACCAAUUGACCGUCAGCGACUUGGCCGAAACCUGCGACAAGCCGGAUCUGGAUAACAUUCCAUUCUACCCGGCCCCCGACAAUGCCCCCGGUGGCUGUUCUUGCGCCGUCGGAAAGGUCAACAAGGCCAUGCUCGAAGCCACCAAGAUCCAGGGCAACCAGUGCGAUCUCAAGUCCUCCGCGUCCGACUCCGAGAUUGAGGAGUGUAUGUGCUGUGGUUACAGUGCCAUCCUCUCCAGUUUGCCCGACACCUGCCCCAACACCAAGCUCUCCGAGCUAAGCAUUGACGACCUCGAGGCGGCCAUUGAGCAGGCCGGCUGGAAGGACUGUGCCUCCACCCUCGAGAAGGUCGACUGUGCCAAGAAGUUCAGCUACCCCAAGCUCGACACCUACUACAAGCCCGGCAAGCUGCCCAACGGCACCGCCACUCUCUCCAACACCGGCAGCAGCUCCAUCACCUCCCCCGUCAGCGGCGCCACCUUCACCUGGACCGCCGGCUCUUCGGACCACGUCGUGACGGCCCAGUCCACCGACGCGGCCAAGGCCACGGGCAGCAGCGCCAGCGCCACCAGCGGCGAUUCCGCCUCCGGCACGGCCUCCGCCUCCGCGACCGCCACAACCGGUGCUGCCGUGCGCGUGGGUAUGGACUCGUACCUGUUCGCUGGUCUGGCUGUUGCUGCCGUCUUCGUUCAGGCUUAGACAUGGAAAAUAAGACAUGUAAUGUCUGGGGUGUGGUCCGGUACCGUCCUUGGGAUUGUACCGGCUAGGGGUGGUCAUUUCUUUCGAUUCAGUAGACUGUAAUAUUAGCAUCUUACUGCUCGGUUGCUUUGUUCCUUUCUUUCUUAUACAUAGUUUCAAGCCAGAUUAGGCCAAUUUAUCUUCUUUCAAUUUCUUGGGAUAUUA